UCCGACCGACACGCCGAAUCCGACUUUACGCACAGGAGAGGGCGGCCCCGGCUGCGCGUACUCGUCUGGUAAACGCUGAAAGUUACACUGACAGUCCGACUUUAUUGGGUGACGCGCAAAAAAAGACUUUGGGACAAGCCAAAAGGAAACUUAUCAUCGUCUUUUAGUCCGGACGCUGUGCAGUUUUGUCGUUUGAGUAAGAGACUGAUUCCCUAACUCAGCGCGCAACUGCCCUUAAUAAGUAUUGUAUCGGGAUCUCUCGUCUGUGUUCUGUGUUAUUGCUGCGUUUUUUCGCAAACGCAAUUUUGAAAAAUUUAAUUUGAAGUUGAAUCAGGGCAGACACAUACCGGCUAUGCAACCCGGCUGUUUGGAGACAGUGUGAAUCGUGUGAAUCACGCUCUAUAUUCAGAGCACAGUAAGAUAAUUAGAAGACAGAGAGAAAGAGAGAGAAGAGACAGAAAGCAAGAAACAGACAGCUAAAACGAGAUUUGGGACACUUUGAGCUGUGUUUGUGGGAACGUCUGCCUCUCACGUCCAGGUGUCCCGCCGAGCGGUGCGGAGUCUCCAGCUCAGGCCGGCAGCGCUGACAUGCUGCCCAAAGUCGAGACUGAAUCCCUGGGACUCUCUCGAUCGUAUGGCGAACAAGGGCACAUGCCAAGAAACAUGCAAGCCCCCCAGUUAAAAAUGAUGGACUACUCUUAUGACGAAGACCUGGACGAGAUGUGCCCCGUGUGCGGAGACAAGGUUUCAGGGUAUCACUACGGACUCCUGACAUGCGAGAGCUGCAAGGGCUUCUUCAAGCGCACCGUCCAGAACAACAAGCGCUACACAUGCAUAGAGAACCAGAGCUGCCAGAUUGACAAGACCCAGAGGAAGCGUUGCCCAUACUGCCGCUUCCAAAAGUGCCUCACCGUCGGCAUGAAGCUAGAAGCUGUACGGGCGGAUCGCAUGCGUGGCGGUCGCAACAAGUUCGGCCCAAUGUACAAACGCGACCGGGCCCUCAAGCAACAAAAGAAGGCGCUGAUCCGAGCUAACGGCCUGAAGAUUGAGGCCAUGAGCCAGGUGAUGCAGGCCGUGCCCACCGACCUCACCAUCUCAUCAGCCAUCCAGAACAUCCACUCAGCUGCCUCCAAGGGCCUUCCACUGAGCCACCACGCUGGCCACCACCCCGGUCACCACCACCACCACCACCAUCAUCAUCAUGCCACCGCCCUUCCCCCCACAGACUACGACCGCAGCCCGUUUGUCACUUCGCCAGUCAGCAUGGCAAUGCCGCCACAUGCCGGCAGCCUGCAGGGCUACCAGGCGGCCUACGGACACUUCCAGGGCACGCGCACCAUCAAGUCUGAGUACCCAGACCCGUACACCAGCUCGCCAGAGUCCAUCAUGGGCUACGCCUACGUCGAUGCCUACCAGUCAGGCUCGCCACCCAGCUUUCCCCAUCUGAUCGUAGAGCUGCUCAAGUGCGAGCCGGAUGAGCCGCAAGUUCAGGCCAAGAUCUUGGCCUAUCUGCAGCAGGAGCAGGCCAGCCGGGGAAAGCAUGAGAAGCUCAACACCUUCGGCCUCAUGUGCAAGAUGGCUGACCAGACACUCUUCUCCAUCGUGGAGUGGGCACGCAGCAGCAUCUUCUUCCGUGAACUCAAGGUGGAUGACCAGAUGAAGCUUCUGCAGAACUGUUGGAGUGAACUUCUCAUUCUCGACCACGUCUUCCGGCAGGUGGUGCACGCCAAGGAGGGCUCCAUCUUAUUGGUCACAGGCCAGCAGGUGGACUAUGCGGUGAUUGCAUCACAGGCGGGAGCCACACUCAACAACCUGUUGAGCCACGCCCAGGAGUUGGUGGCCAAACUACGCUCCCUGCAGCUGGACCAACGGGAGUUUGUCUGCCUCAAGUUCCUGGUCCUUUUCAGCCUGGAUGUGAAGAACCUGGAGAACUUCCACUUGGUAGAAAGCGUGCAGGAGCAGGUCAACGCAGCGCUGCUGGACUACGUCAUGUGUAACUACCCGCAGCAAACGGACAAGUUCGGUCAGCUGCUCCUCCGGCUGCCCGAGAUUCGAGCCAUCAGCUUGCAGGCCGAAGAAUACCUUUACUACAAACACCUGAACGGUGACGUGCCCUGCAACAACCUGCUCAUUGAAAUGCUACACGCCAAGAGAGCUUAGGAGGAGGGGAGGGGUGGGGACUGCGCUACCCACAAUGCAGCUGUAUGGACACCUUAAGAGUUUUGCUGUGGCCCAAAAACUCCCAAAUAAUGCUUUUACCAAACUCAACCUCCAGCCCAGACUUGACUGUGUGAUGAUGUGGAGGGUGGAGAGAGGAGAGUGUUGGCAACUCUUGUUUAUAUUCAGCUCAUUUUGAUGUUCAAAAUUACCAUCACAAGUACUGAUUUGAACAAACACACCUGCACAUGUGCACACACACAUAAACAGCAUAUGGAUCCCUUUAUUCCGGACAAAAAAAAAAGGAGUCUGAAAGAAGAGCCGCUUCUCCUCAACCACACAGAAAAAGACAAUAUUUAAAAAGAAAAAAAAAAGAAAAACACUUGAAACAAGCACUGCAUUUGACACUACGAGAUGGUAUCUAAUUGUCUGCACAAGCACAGACUAUCAAGACUGGCAGGCUGCAACUUAGAGAAGUAACAACCCUUGAGUGUUUUAGCGCUGGUGACACUGUUAGAGGCUUUUUGUGCUGAGAAAGGAAACUGUGUGACACCGCCAAUCUUUCAGACAGCUUCGAGACAAAAGCGGCGGUUCGUUUCAGUCGACGAUCCUCCGGUGCGCUCACUGAACUCACUGAAACCGGCUUUUAGCUGUCGUUGGUACUGUGAAGACGAACGGACAUGCAGUCAACCAGGCUAGAGACUCUUACCUGCCAUCAAGUCUGUUUUUUUUUUUUGAACUCACAUGAGACGUCUGCCACGGCAGCUUGACCUGACUGAAAAUGGAGAACUGACGGUUAAAAAACAAUGGUCUAAAAAGAAAUGUCCUUUGAUGAACAAAAUGAGAAAUAGGCCAGUAAGAAGAAAAACAUGUUUUCUGUUCUCUUGUAAUGGACGUCAUUUACUCCUUGUGGUCACCUUGUGGUUCCACCUUUCUUAUUUCACCUGCCCCAAAUCAUCUUAAACUAUGUACCUCAGAAAGACCAGUGUUAAAUAAAUUCAAUUAAUAAUGUCAGCUGCAACAAUUGUAUUUAUAGCCAUUUUUUUUUUCCAGCAAAAAAACACACCCUCCCUUUUAUUAUUUCAUCAAAACUGGAACAAAACAAAGCGUGAUUCUGGAGACGGAGAAGGAUUGACUCUGCCUUUGUCCCGGAAAGACCAAAGCCUGCUGCAGAACAGAAGAAGGAAAUUACAAAAAACCUUUAUAAUCAGUAUUAUAAGAGAAAAAAAAGAAAAAAAAAAAGAUUUGUGAUGUCACAGUUAUGUGAGUCUUGCCUUAUUUCAUUACCAUGCUAGCUAAACCGUGCAGAUGUGAAUGAAAAUAUGUACAAAUAUAUAUAUAAAGUAUUAAUGUUGUAAAAAUUUAAAAAAGAAUAAUUCAACAGGUGUUUACAUUCAUGUGGUCAUAUGGGAGAGAACUGUGAUGAAGCAUAAAUUGCAAAGCAAUGAUUUCCUAAAAAAAUGAAAUCAAUGAAAUGAAAAAAAAAAAAAAAGAUCCUUCUGGUUUUGCUUUUUUGGUGUGUGUACAGUGUUUUAUUUUUUAUUUGUUUUAAGCAGUACUUAAAUUAUGUCGUGAGACACUAAAAUCAAAAAGGAAUCACACUUAAAAUAUUAAUUUCUAUCUGUGUCUGCUGGCUUUCAAACAUUUGUUCCUUAUGUAUUGCUGUAAAAGGGUUCCGUUUCACUUUCAAUCUUUUUUUUUUUUUUUUUUGUAGAACUUUUUUUCUUUAUUAUUUACAGUGCUUUUACCUUUUUGAUGUACAGUAUGUCACUGGUUACGCUUAAUAAUGAAGAUAAUUUAUUGCGUCUCUGGGUUUCCAUCUUUGUGUUACAUGACGUGAGGUGUCCGCGCCAGAAUAAAUUUGUUUACUGUAGCAUGUUCUUGUUUUGUUUCCACACGUAGUUCUGAGAUGCAGGUCUGGAGCAAAAAUAACAGGCUUUCAAAAAAAAAAAAAAAAGAAAAAAAAAAAAAGAAGAAAAAUCACCACAAUUUUUUGUCUUUUAAAUGUUAAUGCAAGUUUGAGUCUGUACAUUGAAAAGAGUAUUGUAUUUAAGUGAGUAGGUGUGAAAGAUGUUUGUGCUGCAUUCGUUUUUCUUACUGAAUUCCAACCUGCAUCGUUGCUCUGUCCACUUUGCUCUUAUACCAAAGACUGCAUCUUUCCCCUGUGAGCUGUGACUUCUGGUAUUGUGUCCAAAAUGAACAAAAACUGGCUUGUUUUCUUUUUAGAUUUUACCACUGUCUUAAAAGUUUGGCAUCCUAAAUUAUCCUCAUUUGGAGUUCUUCACAUGUACAGUAGUUGUUGUUACUGUUUUUUCAAAAUGUUCUCAAAACUUGCCUCCAACAACAACCUGGGGUAUUUGUUUACCUGUCGACAUUUUGUUAAUUAAGUCAUAGAAUGAUCAAAAGUCUGUCAACGGCUUGUUUAAUGUUCAAAAAAAAAAAAAUUCUCUUAAAUACCAUGUCAUUAAGCUGUUAAUGAUCCUAAACUCCACUUUUUGACAUCCUCGUUAAUUGUGUGUAUUGAUCAGACAAUCUUUUAUUACUUUCUGAAUUUCUGUGUUUAGGUUCUGCAGCUGCCUUGGACUUCCUAUAACAUACAGGCGAACUCCAUAUGACAUGCAAUCAUGCACAUUAACGUGGUCAUUGCAGAAGUCCCAUUUUUUACUUCAUGUUUGUUAUAAUACUGCUGAAGUCCUGCUCCACCUCCGAGCGGAGUUUGUUUGAAGAUAAAGCUUGAUGAAAAACAGUCAUCUGUCACUUCACUAGUCUGAAAUCCAGCUGUUUGCUUUACAACAAACUAACCUGUAGCUUGAGAGCAACUGUCAGGACAGACUUGAUUGCAGGAUACUUUAACGAGGACUUUAACAAUGACUACUUUGUGCAUUCACCUGCUUGUGUACACUGUCAACACAUGGAUACACAAAACAUCCAAAUGCUAUUUUCCUUCCGCUUGUCUAUGACCUUUUUCCCCCCCUUUGCUGACAUGCUGACUUCCCCUGUCACAUCGCUACCUGGUCCCGGGGAGUGUCUCUCUGAGGCUAAUUGAAUUUUUCCUCAUAUUUCAAUAAAUAAUUAUUAUGCUUA